ACACGUGUAUGGAUUUCACUCAGCACUCCUCUUGGCGCUCCAGAAGAAGACCAAAUAUUCUCAUUAUCUCGCGUGGACCAUCAGAACACCAUCACCACCUUCAACACGUCACGCAGGACGCAUCCCUUUCCUCCCCUUCAUCCUCCUCCAGCCUCGUCUUCUUACCUCUUUGUGUGUCGGAAUGGUCUAAUAAUCGAUCGAGAUGAUUUCCGUCGUGUCGACAGUGGAGAACCUUCCCCGAGACGCGGAGAGUCCUUCAGACAACAUGUUUACACGCUUCAAGAACAUGUUCAGCAGAGACCUGCUUGUGACGUUGGCCUUAGGUCAGGUACUGUCCUUGUUGAUCUGUGCCAUUGGCCUGACCAACAAGUACCUGGUUGAUGAUUUCCACGCCAACACGCCGGUGUUCCAGAGCUUUCUCAACUACAUCCUACUAUUUCUGGUCUACACCACCACACUGGCAGUCAGGCAAGGGGAAGGCAACUUGUUGGCAAUCUUGAAGCAACGCUGGUGGAAGUACAUGAUUCUAGGGUUUAUUGACAUUGAGGCCAACUACCUGAUACUAAAAGCUUACCAAUACACCACACUGUCCAGUGUACAGCUGUUAGACUGCUUUGUCAUCCCCGUGGUCUUGCUGCUUUCCUGGUUUUUUCUGCUGGUGAGGUACAAGGCGGUCCACAUUUUGGGCACGUUACUGUGUCUGCUGGGCAUUGGCUGCAUGGUGGGGGCUGACGUCCUUCUAGGCCGCCAGCAGGGCCUCGGUGAGCAAAAGUUGUUUGGUGAUCUUUUAGUUUUGGGGGGAGCAACACUUUUCGGGAUCUCGAACAUCUGUGAGGAGUUCAUAGUGAAGAAUAUGAGUCGCGUGGAGUUCCUGGGAAUGAUGGGUCUAUUUGGAUCAUUCUUCUGCGGCAUCCAGCUGGCCAUCAUGGAGCACAAGGAGCUACUGAGGGUACGGUGGGACUGGCAGUUAGGUCUUCUCUACGUGGGCUUUAGUGUCUUCAUGUUCAGCCUGUACAGUUUAAUGCCACUAGUGAUGAAGAGGACCAGUGCCACCUCAGUCAACCUCUCUCUCCUCACGGCUGACCUGUACAGUCUCUUCUGUGGGCUCUUCCUCUUUCAUUACAAGUUCUCUUGCCUCUACUUGUUAUCGUUCUUCAUCAUCAUCUUGGGCCUCGUGGUUUAUUCGUCCGCAUCUCCCUACAUGGUCCAGGACCCUCGUGUCUACAAGCAAUUCAGGAACACAUUCAACCAGUCGGCCAGAGACCCACCCCAGCCUAGUCAUAGAGUCAUGGAACCCUCCGUGACCUACACCAGCCUGGACCUGGAGUCAGGAGAGGAGUCAAGUUUACGUGUCAUUUAAAAUGGCAAUGCUUUUAUUUUAUUAUUUUUUUACUGUGAGAGCCUAGUGCUGUUUUCAUCCAAAGUUUUGCAUAAAGAUCCGCCUCCAGUCUGCUGAGCAGGAAAACCCUGUGAUCAUUGACUAUAUGGGGGAUCCAGGUAUUGAGUGGCCUAAGAUUUAGCUCUGUGUCCAAGUUAUCAAGAGAAUGUUCCUACUGUAAGAAUUAAGUGAGUCAGUGUUAUAAACCAGGACUAACCACUACCCUAGUGAUUGUAAAUGAAUACAAAAUUGUAUACAGUGGAGAAAACAAGUAUUUUUAUACCAUGUUUUUCUAAGUUUACCCCUUACAAAUAUAUUAAGCAGUCCACUAUUUUUUAUUGUAGCUUUAUUAUAACUGAGUGAGACAUAAGGUCAAAUAAAUCCAGAAGAAAUACAUUGAAUAAAACUUGUAACUUAAUGUGUAUUUGUUUGAGUCAAAUAAGUACAAAACCCGAAACCAGUGAAGUUGGUAAAUAAAAACAGAAUACAAUGAUUUGCAAAUUAUUUUCAACUUAUAUUCAAUUGAAUAGACUGCAAAGACAAGAUAUUUAAUGUUCGAACUGAGAAAACUUUUUUUUUUGCAAAUCAUUAACUUAGAAUUUAAUGGCAGCAACACAUUGCAAAACAUUUGGCACAGGGGCAUUUUUGCCACUGUGUUACACGGCCUUUCCUUUUAACAACACUCAGUAAACAUUUGGGAACUAAGGAGACCUAUUUUUGAAGCUUUUCAGGUAGAAUUAUUACCCAUUCUUGCUUGAUGUAAAGCUUAAGUUGUUCAACAGUCCAGGGUCUUCGUUGUCGUAUUUUAGGCUUCAUAAUGCGCCACACAUUUUCAAUGGGAGACAGGUCUAGACUACAGGCAGGCCAAUCUCGUACCCACACUCUUUUAUUACAAAGCCACGCUGUUGUAAUACGUGCAAAAUGUGGCUUGGCAUUGUCUUGCUGAAAUAAGCAGGGGCGUCCAUGAAAAAGACGUUGCUUGGAUGGCAACCAAAACUUGUAUGUACCUUUCAGCAUUAAUGGUGCCUUUACGUUACCCAUGCCUUGGGCACUAAUACACCCCCAUACCAUCACAGAUGCUGGCUUUUGAACUUUGCGCCUAUAACAGUCCGGAUGGUUCCUUUCCUCUUUUGUCCGGAGGACACAACGUCCACAGUUUCCAAAAACAAAUUCAAAUGUGGACUCGUCAGACCACAGAACACUUUUCCACUUUGCAUCAGUCCAUUUAGGAUGAGCUCAGGCUCAGCGAAGCCGGCGACGUUUCUGGGUGUUGUUGAUAAAUGGCUUUCGCUUUGCAUAGUAGAGUUUUAACUUGCACUUACGGAUGUAGCGACGGAAUGUAGUUACUGACAGUGGUUUUCUGAAGCGUUCUUGAGCCCAUGUGGUGAUAUCCUUUACACCCUGAUGUCUCUUUUUGAUGCAGUACCGCCUGAGGGAUCGAAGGUCACGGGCAUUGCGCUUACGUGCAGUGAUUUCUCCAGAUUCUCUGAACCUUUUGCUGAUCUUAUGGACCGUAGAUGGUGAAAUCCCAAAAUUCCGUGCAAUAGCUCGUUGAGAAAUGUUGUUCUUAAACUGUUGGACAAUUUGCUCACGCUUUUGUUCACAAAGUGGUGACCCUCGCCCCAUCCUUGUUUGUGAAUGACUGAGCAUUUCAUGGAAUCUGCUUUUGUACCCAAUCAUGGCACCCACCUGUUCCCAAUUAGCCUGUUCACCCGUGAGAUGUUCCAAAUAACUGUUUGAUGAGCAUUCCUCAACUUUCUCAGUCCUUUUUGCCACUUGUGCCAGCUUUUUUUAAACAUGUUGCAGGCAUCAAAUUCCAAAUGAGCUAUUUGCAAAAAAUAACAAAGUUUACCAGUUCGAACGGUAAAUAUCUUGUCUUUGCAGUCUAUUCAAUUGAAUAUAGGUUGAAAGGGAUUUGCAAAUCAUUGUAUUCUGUUUUUAUUUACGAUUUACACAACGUGCCAACUUCACUGGUUUUGGGGUUUGUACUUGAUCCCCUACCAGCCAGCAAACGUUUUGACCCCACACAGGGUCUGUAUAUUUAUAAAACACACUAACAAAUCCUGUCACUUUAAGAAAGUACUCCUAUUCUCAACUCAUGAUCUGUAGAAAAUACACAGAAACAUUCUUCAUUCAAACCUCUCGGCAAGACCAAAGAGCUGUCCUCAGGGCAAGGUUGUAGACCUGUGCAAGACUAGAAUGGACCACAAGAGAGCGUUAACAAGAAGCUAGGCCGCAGAGCCCGCGAGGUCCCCCUGCUCAAGACGACAUGUACAUUCUGAAGUUUGACAAUCAACACCUGAAUGACCCACAGAAGAGUGUGGUCACGAAUCGGCAAAGUGGAAGUGUUUGUCAUCAAGUGGACUGGACAUGUUUGCAGAGAAAUGCUGAAUAUUAAUCCAACAACAACGUCAUUACUGGCAAACAUUCUACUUUGUAAUGUUUUUCUCACCCAAAUCCCUCUUGACAUGUGUGCAACACUGCUGACCAACUACAAGAAACUACAACAAUACAUUACUAGGACAAUAAACUACAAUACACAACUACAACUACUAGAAACUUCUAACAAGGAUUAAAAAAAAUUCAAAUGUUUAUUUCAUGUUUUUUUGUAGCAUUUUGUCUGUUCAAAUAAAACUACAUAUUGAAAUCCUGUACUCUUCUUAUCUUUGUAAAGGGUAAACUUAACUUACAUCAAAGGGGAUGACAUUUUUUUUAUUUUCCACACUGAAUAUGUUACAGUAAUUUUCUAUUUCUUUUUAUCUCUCUCCAGACUAUUUGGGCCGUGAACUCGUUAGUAUAUGAAAUAUUGAAAUGGAUCCUUGAUGUGUUUUUUUAGUCACUGGCUGAAAUAUUACAUUACAUACAAAAGUAACCAAUUACGGAAGACAUGAACUACUUACUUCUACGAAGGAGAAGUCUUCAGCUGUAUAUGACAUUGCAUUCAUUCAUUUCAACUUGAUAUUUUGGUUGUAUACAAAACCCAAAACCAGUGACGUUGGCACGUUAUCGUAAAUAAAAACAGAAUACAAUUUGCAAAUCCUUUUCAACCUAUAUUCAAUUGAAUAGACUGCAAAGACAAGAUACUUAACCUUCGAACUGUUACAACAGCGUGGCUUCAUAGUAAAAGAGUGCGGCCUGCCUGUAGUCCAGACCUGCCUCCCUGAAAAUGUGAAAAUAUGAAGCCUAAAAUACCACAACGGAGACUACGGACUGUUGAACAACUUAAGCUGUACAUCAAGCAAGAAUGGGAAAGAUUUCUACCUGAAAAGCUUCAAAAAUGGGUCUCCUCAGUUCCCAAACGUUUACUGAGUGUUGUUAAAAGGAAAGGCCAUGCAACACAGUGGUAAAAAUGCCCCUGUGCCAACUUUUCUGCAAUGUGCCAUUAAAUUCAAAUUUAAUGAUUAUUUACAAAAAAAAUUUUGUUUCUCAGUUCGAACAUUUAAUAUCUUGU